GUUUCGGGGUGGGUUGAGCUUGUGUUACGUGACUUUCCGGCCUGUCAGGAGAGAGGCGGCGGUAGUUGAGCUCGUUCUGGUCGCCAUUUUAUGCCGUGUUUCCCGGCCCUGUACAUUGCUCGGUCCCGGUGUAGGAGCAUCCUGCUAUACAUAGAAUAAGACUCCUAGAAGACUUGUCACCUCUGGCCCAUGAGACGUGAUUGGAAAACACAUAGCACAGAGAUAUGAAUGAACAUCCUAAGAAACGCAAAAGGAAGACCUCGUUCCCUUCUCGCUAUGCAGGACAGACUUCCGCUGCUGUUGCCUCUCCAGAUGUCACUAUUCCAGUCAAAACAAUAGAAAAUAAUGGGAUAUAUUUUGAUCACUGUUACAGUGUCUGUUCUAUAAUUCAAGCUGAUCCUAAAGUUCCAGAAUAUGAAGAAGAACAGCCGAGUACUAAUGGAGAAAGUAGAGACCUGUGCGAGUCUCCCACACUAAUCCCCCAACCAGUUCAUGAAGAUGCAGUUGUAGAAGUCCAUACAGAAGAGCCAGAGUGUGUUCCAUCCCCGGUCAUUGAGGAGGAAAUAAAAGAUGUCCCCCUUCAGAUACAGGAAAGCCCGGAAGGCAGCCCCUCCUCCAAUCUGACAGCAGCUCAGAAGUGGCCAUUGCUGAGGGCCAACAGUAGUGGCCUCUUUCGUUGUGAGCAGUGUGACUACAACAGCAAAUACUUCUCCGAUCUGAAACAGCAUAUGAUUCUGAAGCACAAGUGUGCAGAGUCUCACGUCUGCAAGGUUUGCAAGCAGACGUUUCCCAGUGAUGAGCUAUUGCUGGAACAUGGAAAAGUGCACGAAGAGGAGCAGCUGAACUGUAAGCACUGUGAAUACAAGACCUGCUCGUUUGAAAGUCUCAGCCAACAUGUAGCAGAUGCCCACUUCAAUGACUUUCUCUACUGGUGUGAGCAGUGUGACUUGCAGUUUUGCACUAGUAGUGAACUGUAUCUGCACUUUCAGGAGCACAGUUGUGAUGAACAAUAUAUAUGCCAGUUCUGUGAGCACGAGACCAAUGACCCAGAGGAUCUGCAUAGCCAUGUAGUGAAUGAGCACACGUGCCGUCUAAUAGAGUUGAGCGAUGCCUAUAACAAUGGAGGGCGUGGACAAUUCAGUCUUUUAAAUAAAAUAAGUUUUGAUAAAUGCAAGAACUUCUUUGUUUGCCAGGUAUGUGGCUUUAGCAGCAGGCUCCACACCAAUGUGAACAGGCAUGUGGCAAUCGAGCACACACGGUUUUACCCACAUGUUUGUGAUGACUGCGGUAAAGGCUUUUCUGGCAUGUUAGAAUAUAGUCAGCAUUUAAGCCUGCAUACAUCUGAAGGUGUCUACUUGUGCCAAUAUUGUGAAUACUCAACGGGCCAACUGGAGGACUUAAAAACUCACCUAGAUUUUCGGCAUUCUGCAGAUAUGCCUCAUAAGUGCAAUAGUUGCCUCCUGAGGUUUGCAUCAGAAGAUGAACUUAAGACCCAUGUUCAGACACAUGAGAGAACCUGAAUCCUUCGGGCAUCUA